AUGAAGUUCACUCUUCCCGUCAUCAGCCUGCUGGCAAGCACUGCCAUGGCUGCCAUUGGCGACCUUUGCGUGGCCCAGGGUAUUAUCGGCACUUGCCAGACUACCACCUUUUGUAGCAACCGUCAAGGCACCGCGCCGGUCGUCGGAGCUUGUCCCAACGACCCCAGUAACGUCAAGUGUUGCCUGUACCCGAGAUGCAGCAGCACCCCCGGCGCCUGCAUGUCCACCGGUGACUAUUGUCGCUCUGGGAUCCGCCCCGCAAACCAAUGCCCCGGGCCCGCCAGCUACAGGUGCUGUGCUACUUGA